UUGUGUGGUUGACUGCAGAGCCAACUAGCUAGGUAGUAGCAACGGCUAGCCUCAAACAUUUAGACGACACAGAGGUAGCUAGCAGGUUAGCCGUGCAGCUAAUCAUGGUGAAUGUAAAGAAGCGGAAAGGUCGGGUCGUGAUUGACUCUGACUCAGAAGACAGUGCUAGCGACGACAAUUUAGAUCAGGAGCUGUUGUCCUUGGCAAAGAGAAAAAGGGUUGAUUCAGGUGAGCAGGAAGAGCCAGUUAGCAAACCUGCGGCUUCUACAGACUCCGAGACAUCUGACAGUGAUGAUGAGUGGACUGUGGGUGGCACCAAAGGCAAAAAGAAGGUUAAACAAGGGAAAGGGUCUGAGAAGAAGAAUGCUACGAAGAAGAAGGUUAAUAAAGCAACGGCAUCUGGCAGCUCUGAUGGAGACAGCUCAGCUGAGAGCUCUGCACCUGAGGAGGGCGAGGUGUCCGAUUCAGAGAGCAACAGUUCCUCCUCCAGCUCAGACUCGGACUCCUCUGAGGACGAGGUGUUCAGGGAUGGUUAUGACGACGACCUGAUGGGAGACGCGGAGGACAGAGCUCGUCUGGAGCAGAUGACGGAGAAGGAGAGAGAGCAAGAGCUGUUCAACAGAAUUGAGAAAAGAGAGGUGCUAAAGAGAAGGUUUGAAAUUAAGAAGAAGCUGAAGACGGCAAAGAAGAAAGAGAAAGAAGAGAAGAAAAAGAAGCAGGAGGAAGAACAAGAAAAAAGGAAGCAAUCUCAGGUUCAAGACACACAAGUGGUCAUGUCACACAACAAGGAGAGACGAUCCAAACGUGACGAAAAACUUGACAAAAAGUCCCAGGCCAUGGAAGAACUGAAGGCUGAACGUGAGAAGAAGAAAAACAAAACGGCGGAACUGCUGGCCAAACGUCAGCCCCUGAAGACCAGCGAGGUUUAUUCUGAUGAUGAGGAGGAAGAGGAGGAAGACGAUGACAAGUCGUCAGUCAAAAGUGAUCGGAGUUCGCGUUCAUCGUCUUAUGAUGAUGAUGAAAAAGAGGAGACUCCACCGAAGUCGCAGCCUGUUUCGUUACCAGAUGAGCUCAACCGGAUCCGCCUGUCCAGAAACAAGCUGGAGCGUUGGUGCCACAUGCCCUUCUUUGCUAAGACUGUGACCGGCUGCUUUGUGAGGAUAGGGAUCGGGAACAGCAGCAGUAAACCAGUUUAUAGGGUUGCUGAAAUUGUGGAUGUGGUGGAGACAGCGAAAGUUUACCAACUUGGAUCAACGCGAACAAACAAGGGAUUACAAUUAAGGCAUGGCGGUGACACGCGGGUUUUCAGGCUCGAGUUUGUCUCAAAUCAGGAGUUUACAGAAAGCGAGUUCAUGAAGUGGAAGGAGGCAAUGAUGGUUGCCGGGAUGCAAGUCCCAACUCUGGAUGAGAUCACCAAAAAGGAGCAGUCCAUCAAAGAAGCUCUGAACUACAAGUUCAAUGACAAAGACAUAGAGGAUAUUGUGAAAGAGAAGGACAGAUUCCGAAAAGCACCACCGAAUUAUGCCAUGAAGAAAACGCAGUUACUCAAAGAUAAGGCCAUGGCAGAAGAGAGCGGCGACGGUGAGAAAGUGAAAGUGAUCCAGGACGAGCUGAACGAGCUCGAGGAAAGGGCAGAAGCACUUGACAGACAGAGGACCAAGAACAUCUCUGCCAUCAGCUACAUUAAUCAGAGGAACAGAAGCUGGAAUAUCGUUGAAUCUGAGAAAGCUCUCGUGGCUGAAGGACAAAAUGCCAAAAACCAACAAAUGGACCCUUUCACACGAAGACAGUGCAAACCCACCAUGGUGUCAAAUGCCAGAGACCCGUCAGUCCAUGCAGCUAUUCUUGCUCAUCUCAACCAGAAGUACGGCUCUGGGUCAACACCAGAUCCUUCCAGUGCAGAGAAGAACAAACUAGGACAAGCAAACCCGAAAGACAAAGAUGUCCCCAAGCCAACCACUGACCUCUCAGAGGACUUGUUUAAAGUUCAUGAUUUUGAUGUUAAGAUUGACCUACAGGUUCCCAAUGCAGAAGCAAAGUCUCUGUCCGUGAGCUCCAACGCGCUGCCGGUGAAGGACGGCGCUCCCCGCAGGUCACUCAACCUGGAGGACUACAAGAAGAGGAGGGGGCUGAUCUGAUGUGGCCAGCCCAUUAUUCAGAAACCACACUGCAUGUGUAAUUGGCUGUGCAAGAGAGAGUAUGUGUGUGUGGUUGAGAGAGAGAGUGAGAAUGACUGUGUGUGUGAAUGACUCACGGAGGAGGAUGUGUGUUUGAAUGUUGAUACAACAGACUGUCUAUCCAAACACAGAGGAAAUACUGAUUGUGCAAAGACAACAUUUUUCUCAAUGGAUCUCUCUCAGAAGAAUCUUGUUUUGUUAUUUUCGCAUUAUCUCACACAAACUCGUAUAUUGAGUUGUGUUUUUAUGUAUUUAACUACUCUCCCCCUCUUUUGGAUAUUCUGGAGUCGGUCCCUUUUUCUCUCUCUCCCUGUCUCUACCUGUCUCUCUCUCUCUCUCUCUCUCUCUCUCUCUCUCUCUCAAAAGGACACGGCGUUUGGGGAUUAUUACUUUAAACAAGGAGGACACUAUUUUAGAGGACUUAGAUUGGACAACUAAUGGAGUUGACCAGCAAUGAAUUACUGUUGUAAAUGUCCCCCCCUCCCAACAGAGUGUGUGAUCAUCUGCCCUUGCAGUCCAUCCUAAAUUUGAACAGCCUCGUGUAUUUUUUUUUUUUUGCAGAGUGUAGAUGAUCACCAUCUCUGACUGGAUAGUGACGCCGGCCCUCCAUGACCAAUGUGAAAAGUUCAGUACAUGUCAACUGGACAUUUAUCACUUUUUAAGUCUUUGGAACAACCCAAUUUAAGAGGAACCCUUUUCUAUGGCUGGUCUGGUUAUACAAGUGUUGCUUCAUUUCUGUUAUCUAUUGGUUGGUUGUUCAUGGGAUGAUUCCCUUGCCCUUAAUUACUCCCAGAGCAGAUUCUACGUGUUAUCGAUUGUGUCCAUAGUCAGUUCCUGUAUUGAUGUGGCAUGCCAUGUAAAUAUGCAUUUUGGAGUGAGUGCGGAAAAAAUAAAGAGGCACUGUUUCAUAA